UCCCCCGCACCUCCCCGCGGUGGCUUCUUGGGCGGACAGCGUGCGGCUGCGUCAUCGCCAGUGGCCGGUUUGAAUGAGGCUUGUCGCACCGGAGCUGCCGCCUCCAUCUCGCUUCCUCCCCGGCCGCCUCCACGAGUUGCUUCGUAUUCCUCGGCUGCCCUUGUCAGACCCAGCCUCCCGCGCCUUUUCUUCCUUCCUGCCUCGCCAUGCCACUCUACUCUGUUACAGUAAAAUGGGGAAAGGAGAAAUUUGAAGGUGUAGAAUUGAAUACUGAUGAACCUCCAAUGGUGUUCAAAGCCCAGCUUUUUGCAUUGACUGGAGUCCAGCCAGCCAGACAAAAAGUUAUGGUGAAAGGAGGAACCCUGAAGGAUGAUGACUGGGGAAACAUCAAAAUGAAAAAUGGAAUGACUGUACUAAUGAUGGGGUCAGCAGAUGCUCUUCCAGAAGAACCCUCUGCUAAAACUGUCUUCGUAGAAGACAUGACAGAAGAACAGUUAGCAACUGCUAUGGAAUUGCCGUGUGGAUUGACAAACCUUGGUAACACUUGUUACAUGAAUGCUACAGUUCAGUGUAUUCGUUCUGUGCCUGAACUCAAAGAUGCCCUUAAAAGGUAUGCAGGUGCAUUGAGAGCUUCAGGAGAAAUGGCUUCAGCACAGUAUAUUACUGCAGCUCUUAGAGAUUUGUUUGAUUCCAUGGAUAAAACUUCUUCUAGUAUCCCACCUAUUAUUCUGCUGCAGUUUCUGCACAUGGCCUUUCCACAGUUUGCAGAGAAGGGCGAACAAGGGCAGUAUCUUCAGCAGGAUGCUAACGAAUGCUGGAUACAAAUGAUGAGAGUCCUGCAACAGAAACUAGAAGCCAUAGAGGAUGAUUCUGGUAGAGAGACGGAUUCUUCAUCUGCAUCAGCAGUGACACCUUCUAAAAAGAAAAGCUUAAUUGAUCAAUAUUUUGGUGUUGAGUUUGAAACUACCAUGAAAUGUACAGAGUCUGAAGAAGAAGAGGUCACCAAAGGAAAGGAGAAUCAACUUCAACUUAGUUGUUUCAUUAACCAGGAAGUGAAGUACCUUUUCACAGGGCUGAAAUUGCGACUUCAGGAAGAAAUUACUAAACAGUCUCCAACACUGCAGAGAAAUGCUUUGUACAUCAAAUCUUCUAAGAUCAGCCGGCUACCUGCUUACUUAACUAUUCAAAUGGUUCGAUUUUUUUAUAAAGAGAAAGAAUCUGUGAACGCCAAAGUUCUUAAGGAUGUUAAAUUUCCUCUUAUGUUGGAUGUGUAUGAACUCUGUACACCAGAACUUCAAGAGAAAAUGGUCUCUUUUCGGUCAAAAUUCAAGGAUCUAGAAGAUAAAAAAGUGAAUCAGCAACCAAAUGCAAAUGACAAGAAUAGUCCUCCAAAAGAGAUUAAGUAUGAACCCUUUUCAUUUGCUGACGAUAUUGGCUCCAAUAAUUGUGGCUACUAUGACUUACAAGCAGUGUUAACUCACCAGGGAAGAUCUAGUUCUUCAGGUCAUUAUGUAUCAUGGGUGAGAAGAAAACAAGAUGAAUGGAUCAAAUUUGAUGAUGAUAAGGUCAGCAUUGUAACCCCAGAAGAUAUUCUGCGGCUGUCUGGUGGUGGAGACUGGCACAUUGCUUAUGUUCUACUUUAUGGGCCUCGAAGAGUUGAAAUAAUGGAAGAAGAAAGUGAACAGUAAUCUUCAAUUUAGCUAUUUAUGCUUAGGUGUGAAUGUUUUUGUUGUUGUUGUUGAACAUUUCUAUAAUCUUGAGCUCUAAAGAAAAUGAGAACAGAACCAAACCACUUAUGCAUCUUCAAUCUUAAGACUAUGGAAAAUUACGUUUGGGUGCUACCUUGUAUAAAGGUAGCUUCAAGACAUUCUUUAAAAAUCUCAUUUUUUGCAUUACUCCUUAGAAAUUCUUGGCUGAAAUCCAUUUUAUCCCUUGCCUUUUCAGCCCAAGCUUUAGCAGUGAUGUUUAUUGCACACCUAUUUGUUGUUCUUGCAUGGUUAAUAUCACCGUUCAGUAGCUGCCCGUCCUUUGCCUUAUCUAACCAAUAUUUUUCUAGGAAGGUGGAAAAGUGUUGCUCUCAUCGUGUAACUCAGUGCUGCUGUCCACAUCCCAUCAACUGGGUGCAAUCAAGUAUUGUCCAGACUGACUGUUGCUGGCCUUUCAUGACUUUACAAUAAAUUGUGAUCAAUAAGAA